AUGUCGAAGGGUGCCAAUCAAACGUGUAUUAAAAUUUCCUCCAAAUAUGAAUUCACCAAUAUCAAGUGCACAUCUUUGGAUGAAACAUUUGUUGGCUUUGAGUAUUGUUAUUUAAAGUCUGUGAAUCGGAGCUAUAAGUACCUCUCCGUCAAAGCGAACUUAUUAAAAACUCCCGUAACCAAGGUCUCUUUUAUAGUUUUUAAAAAGCAUAAUGGCUAUAGGCCCUUCAUGUUCAAUAUCACGAUAGAUGGCUGUAGAUUUAUGGGUGGAGCUACUACACAUUCCCUUGCUAAUUACUUGUAUGGUUUUAUUAGGCCAUAUACCAAUAUAAAUCAUAGGUGUCCUUAUGAUCACGAUAUUAUGGUAGAAAAGCUUGAUACCGACUUUAUGAAUUACCAAGUUACAAAGAUACUACCUGUUCCAGAGGGCGACUACUAUAUAGAAAGUCGUUGGAACUCUUAUGAUGUUGUACGGGAAGUUAUAAAAGUUUAUGGAACUAUUUCAUAA